GCUGUCUCCUGCAGAAAAUGGGCUUAUCAAUAGCUAUACAGGUGAAUCUUCAUCUAGUUCUGAAACCCGUUAUGACCCAGUUAUCUGGCAAGUUCAAAAACUUUGCACGUGACCUUUGUAUAUCUUUCUUUUUCAACAUACAUCGCCAUCUAACAACCGCCAAUGUUCACCUUCACACUAAUAAGCCCCAAGGAGAAUGACCUCUCCUUCAAGGCUUCCUACAUCACGUUCGAUGGUGAGUUCAAAAUAUUGGCAGACCCUGUUUGGAAUGGGAAAGACCCCGAUUCGGUCUUGUUCAUAGAGAAGUAUCUUCGUGAGGUACAGGUCAUUUUACUAUCACACUCCACCCCAGAGUCCCUAAGUGGAUACAUUUUGUUAUGUGUGAAGUUCCCUGUGCUUAUGUCAUCUAUUUCAGUCUACUCUACGUUACCUGUCAACCAAUUGGGAAGAAUAUCCACGGUGGAGUACUAUAGAACCAACGGUGUCCUUGGACCAUUAAGCUCAUCCAUAUUAGAGUUAGAUGAUAUCGAUGAGUGGUUUGAUAAAGUCAACAUAGUCAAAUACCUCCAAACGACCACUUUGCUGGAAAGCAAAGCCGUAAUCACUCCAUAUAAUUCUGGACACACCUUGGGAGGGACCUUCUGGUUGAUAACAAAGAGACUAGACAAAGUCAUUUACGCUCCAGCGUGGAACCAUUCGAGAGAUCUGUUUUUGAACAACGCAGACUUCUUGUCUGCCGCCACAGGUGCUCCUAUUCCGUCCUUGUUGAGACCCACCGCCUUCAUCACCAGUUCGGAUGUUGGUUCUUCAAUGCCACACAAAAGGAGAGUGGAAAAGUUCUUACAGCUUGUUGAUGCAACUUUAGCAAAUGGUGGUUCGGUACUUCUUCCAACAACCCUUUCGGGAAGAUUCUUUGAAUUAUUCAGACUUGUUGAUGAACAUUUACAGGGAGCCCCUAUUCCUAUCUAUUUCAUAUCAUACUCUGGGACUAAGAUUUUGAGUUAUGCAUCAAAUCUUGUAGACUGGAUGUCCUCCAGCUUGAGAGAGUGGAGUGGUGGAGGUGGUGAUGAAACCAACUUGCCAUUUGACCCGUCAAAGGUUGAUUUGUUAGGAGACCCAAAUGAAUUAAUCAAGUUAUCUGGGCCAAAGAUUAUUUUCUGUUCAGGUAAUGACUUGCGUAAUGGAGAAUUGUCCUCACAAGUAUUUCAACAUUUAUGUCAAGACGAGAAAACCACCAUUUUAUUGACCGAACGGUCUCAAUUCGGUGUUGAUAAUACUUUGAGUUCAAUCUUGUACAAAGAAUGGUAUGACUUGACAAAGAAAAAGAAUGGUGGAAAAGUUGAAGAUGGUAUAGCAGUACCAUUAGAGAGAAAAGUCUCAAUUAGUGACUGGACCAGAGAAGAACCAAUUAACGGGGCUGAACUUCAAGCAUACCAAAAACGUAUCCAUGCUGAAAGAAAAGAAAAACUUGCAGCUAAAGUGAGAGAUCGUAAAAACCAAAACUUGUUGAAUGCUGAUGGUAUCGAUGAUGAUUCCAGUGAUGACGGUAUUUCAAGUGAAGAAGAGGAAGAAGAAGAAGUUCAAGUAGAACAAGGCACCACCGAUGGUACUACUGAGAGUAAAGCAUCAAGUACAAAGGUGACUAACUUACCAGCAAAUCCAGUAUUAGACGUGACCUCCCAUGAAGCAUUCUUGACCGAUCACAUUAAAAAAUCUUUAGAGCAAAAUAAACCUCUUGAUAUCAAAAUUACUCACAAAUUAAAGCCAAGACAAGCAAUGUUUCCUUAUUUUGUUACUUCACAUAAACAAAAAUUCGAUGAUUAUGGUGAAGUUAUUGACUUGAAAGAUUUCGAGAAAACUGAUGAAGUCUCGAACAGCAAGAUUAUCUUGGAAGGCAAAAAGAAGUUCGAGCAAAACGAAAAGAAAAAAUGGGGUGAUGACUAUGAUAAGAAUGGUAGGGAUAGAGGUAAAAGGGGCCAAGGUAAGAAUCAAAACAAGUUGACUCCUCAAGAAAUGUUGAACAAUCAAUUAUUACAAAAGAACUUGGAUACCUUGUUUAAUCCUAAGAAGCGUAUACCGCUUCAAGCUGGUUCUUCAUACUCAAAGAGUUCUCAACUCAGCGUAAGAUGUGGUCUCUCCUUCGUCGACUUGGCGGGUUUGGUGGAUAUGAGAUCUUUGAGUAUUAUCGUGUCGUCAUUAAAACCAUACAAUGUACUUUUAUUGCCAGAUUUCACAGUAUAUGAUCAAGAAGACAAAGAAUUGAACGGUCUUUUGAGUGUUCAAUCUAUGUUCAAUCAGCAACAGGACGAUCAGAAGAAAGACCAAACAAAGAAGGAUCUCUUCACAUCUUCGAGAUAUCUUUCUUUGACCAAUAUCCGUAGUGGGAUUUCCGGUACUGGUGCUGGAGUAUCCAUUGGGCCAACAAAAAUGAACAUUGUUCCUGUUGCAAACAAUCAUGCAAUCAAGAUUGGUGGUGAUGGAGGAGAAGAAGAUGAGGAGGAUAAUGGUAUCGGUUUAAGCAACUUCGAAGCUCAGCUUGAUGAAGAGCUUGUUGAAGAACUCAACUGGCAGAAUAUCGAUGGUAGCUAUAGAGUGGUCCAGGUUUUCGGGGAAUUAGAAUUAAGAAACCAAAACUUGGAAAACAAGAAGAAAAGAGAACUCAGUGAUUAUUUGAGUUCGUCCACUCUUUUCACUCUUAAGAAAAUCAAGAAAGCUGAAUAUCUACAAAAGGUUAGGGAGCAGACCUCGGAUACUGCUGUGAGUGUCGCCCAAACCAAAACAGGGCCAAAACUUGCCAUCGGUAAUAUCAGAUUGCCAGAAUUAAAGAAGAAACUUCUCAGUAGAAAUUUGAAUGCUGAGUUUAAAGGUGAAGGUACCUUGGUUGUGAAUGAUAAAUUGAUCAUCAGAAAAGUGGCAUAUUCCUCAGCAGAAGGGGACGACACCGGUGACAUUGUAAUUGAUGGCUCAAUGGGUCCCCUUUACUACAUCGUGAAGGACUGCAUUAGAGAAAUGCUUGCUUAUGUAUAUUAGUGAAUGAAUAGAGGAACCGAACAAUCCUAUGAGGUACCUUGUAGAUGUAUGUAUGAAAUUUAUUUAGGAACAAUAUUAUCCUGAACAGAUUAUUUCAAAUGUAGCGGAGACGGUAAAAUACUAUACCUGUCCGAUUUGGCUCCC